AUGAAGAUCACAAGAUAUGAUUAUCAUGGAGGAGUUGUCAUUGAGAAAGGAAGAAGAGAAUAUUGGAGAAUUGUCAAUAACAAAGUCAGAAUUUGGGAUAGAAGUGGAAAGAUAGAAGAGUUAUCAGGAAAUGAAAUACAUAAAAUUGGAAUAAGUCGAAGUGAUGAGAAGAAAAUUAUAUUGUUAACAUCAUGUGGAUUACGAGAGAUUGAGUGCAAAAAUAAACUAGACAGAGAUUUAUGGCUAUCAACAAUUGAAACUAUUAGAGUAUUGUGUAUUCAAUCUAAUGAAAAAUAUCUUUCAAAUGACCCAACAACAAAGGCAGAAAGUACAUCACAACAAAAACAAAAUGAAGAAAUACCACCAGUUAAUGUCAAUGAAGAAAAGAUAGAAGGAUAUAGUACAAAAUUAUUAAUUGAUCCAGAAAGUGACGAAAUGACUGAUGUACUAACCCUGAUUGAAGACGAAGAAAAGAAGAAACAAACAGAAGAGGAAACUGAUAAGGAUGAAAAGAAGAUUAAAGAGAUUGUGCUUCAAAGAAAACAACAAAGAGAAGAAGAAAUGAGAAAAUGGAAAGAGCUUCAACAACACUCAGAAAAUAUAGAAGUUACAAAACCAUCAGAUGAAAAUGAAGCAACAACUGAAGUGGUAAAAAAUGAAGUGGUUAAUGAUGUUUUAAAGAAGGCAAUUGACUUAGCAUCUGAAAUUAUUGGAGAAAAUGAGGAUAUUGAGAAAUUGAAAGUGGUAGAAGAAGAUAAACAAGAAGCUAAAUCUCAAAUUAAUACAGAAAUAAAAGAUAAACAAAUUCAGGGUGUAUCACCGAAUAAGUCUGAAGAACAAGACAAAUACUCAUCACCAGAAGAAUCAACCAUUAAAGAGGAAAUAGAAGAAAUACUUCAUGCACAAGCUACAAACACUAAAGAAAUUAAAAGUGAUGAUAACCAACAACAAAAAACAGAAACACAAAAAGAAAUAUCAAAUAGUAUUGAAGAGGAUAAGAACAAAUCAAAAACUCAAAUUGAAAAAGAAGAAGAACAAGAAAUACAGAAAGAAAAUACAGAAAGUCAAGAACAAGAAACAUCAGACAUUUCAUUAGAGUUUUCAAUUACAGAAGAAGAUGUUGAUGAGGAAGUAUUUACUGAAAAGAAUAAAGAACAACCAGUUGAAAUGAAUUUAAUUGAUUUCAUAGGUAAAGAGUCAACAACAGAAGAAGAUGAAGAAGAUGAAACGUCAGAGUCAGAAAAUAAAGAAAAGUUUAAAGGGUUAGAUUUUGAUGAAAUGAUGAAACAAUUAGAUAUUCCUACUGAGUCAAAGACUCAAGAAAUAAAAGAAGAACAAAAAAAGGAAGAAGAUAAUGAUAAAUCAGAUGAAGAAAUUGAAUUUGAUAUUGAAGAAGAUGAGUCUGAAAUAGAAAUAAAUGAAGAGUAA